GACAGGAGCGGCGCAGGCGGCGCGCGGCCCAGAACUACAAGCCCCAGAAGGCACCGGGGUUCCGGCCAGCGCUCGCUUCCGCUCCUUCGGGCGCUGACGCUCCCUUCCGGUCUCGGUGGCCCAGGCAAGGCGCUGCGGAGGAGCGCCAUGAAGCUGCUGGCGUUGGCCGUGUUGGCGCUACUCGCUGUCACUCAGGCAGAGGAAGGGGCCAGGCUCUUGGCCUCCAAAUCGCUGCUGAACAGAUACGCGGUGGAGGGCCGCGACCUGACCUUGCAGUAUAACAUCUACAACGUGGGCUCCAGUGCUGCGUUGGACGUGGAGCUGUCCGAUGACUCCUUCCCCCCAGAGGACUUCGGCAUCGUCUCCGGAAUGCUGAACGUCAAAUGGGACCGGAUCGCCCCGGCCGGCAACGUCUCCCACACGGUGGUCCUGCGCCCCCUCAAGGCUGGCCACUUCAACUUCACCUCAGCGGCUGUCACUUACCUGGCCCGGGAGGGUGGCCCCGUCGUGAUCGGCUUUACCAGCGCACCUGGACAGGGAGGGAUCCUGGCUCAGCGGGAGUUCGAUAGGAGAUUCUCACCCCAUUUCCUGGACUGGGCAGCCUUCGGGGUCAUGACCCUCCCGUCCAUCGGGAUCCCUCUCCUGCUGUGGUACUCCAGCAAGAGGAAGUACGACACUCCCAAGGCCAGGAAGAACUGAGUGGGCACCGUGGCCCCCUCUCCAGGGAACCCAGGUGCUCCCCAGACUCCAGAGGGCGACUCAGAUGCACCCCCCCAACCUGGGCCACCAUCCCCUGGACCCUGCCCUCUCUCAGCCAGAGGCCAGGGCCUGGGGGUCCGUGAGGUCCUCCGGGUCCCCUCCUGAAGCCAUCCAAACAGGACCGCCUUCGGCAGCAGCCUCGGCCCUGGAGGGCCCUCCCGUGCGCCACUGGGGCGCUGUGGGGCAUGGCCGGCAGUGUGACCUCGUCCAGGAUGCAGGAGCGGCGUUCGGGGCCUGCCUGACACCACCCCCAUCCGCCCUCCCCUCCCAGAGGAGGCCAGAAGAUGGAAGUGAAAGGCGUGGGACUCUCCGAGGCUGCCCAGUCUGUCAUGGGUUAGGGACGCUGACCAAACGGGCUUUUCUAAUAAAAAUAAAUGCCACGUGA